GUGUUGCCAGGGUGUGUGACAGGCAGGCAUUGCCCCACAAUGCAUUGCUUUAUUUUGGCUGGUAUCUCUGGGAGAUGAUCUGAUACACAUAUUGACCUCCGACCACCGUGGAAUUUUUAAAAGAAUAAAUACGUAUGUAUUAAUUCACGCUUAAGCCAUGCAGUAGUUAAAAACAACUUCAUUUUGAAGGAGGACAAUAAGUCUGUUUACAUUAGAGACACAGGUAACACAGUUGUCACCAUGGCAUCUUCAAAUUUGGAAAGCCAGCUGCAGAGUGCUCAGAAGAACAUUUUGUUUCUUCAGCAGGAGCAUGCCAAUACACUGAAAGGUCUGCAUGCUGAGAUUCGACGACUUCAGCAACAUUGUACAGAUUUGACAUAUGAAUUAACUAUGAAAACAUCAGAUCAGGCUGCUAUAGUCGAGUGGGCCGCGAACCAGGAGGCCCAUGGCAGUCGCUUGGAGAGGUUACGACAUGAGGCAGAAAAUGCUGAGUCAAGGACUUCAGAGUUGAGAAAAAAAUACAGUGAGCUUGAAGUUCAGUUAAAAACUAAAGAGGGUGAGAACAGUGAACUCAUAAAAGAACUGCAGCAGAAAAAUGCAAUGAUAACUGUGCUUGAAAACACAAUAAAGGAACGAGAAAAGAAGUAUUUAGAGGAAUUAAAAGUUAAAAGCCAUAAACUAAGCAUGCUUUCAAAUGAACUAGAACAAAGAGCAAGUACUAUUGCAUAUUUGACUUCUCAGCUACAUGCCACUAAGAAGAAGCUUGUGAGUUCUUCCAGUGGAACAUCAGAUGGCACUCCAAGUGACUCUCAGGCAGCAUCAUCCUAUAAACCUAGCCCUCCAAAAGAAAAGUUACCAGACACACCACGGCGCCGAAUGAAGAAAAGUCUUUCAACACCGCUAAACUCUGAGAUUGCAGAAGUGUACAGACUUGGAUCUGAUGGAAGAAAAAUCCUUUUAAGGGAAUCUCUAGAUGUAAUGCCCGACCCUGCACCUUUCCUUUUAUGUAGAGAAUCUGCUGAGGCCUUAGUAAUUAAGGAGAAGCCUGUUGUUAUUCCACCAAUUCUUCCAGAGCGCAGUCCAGCCAAAGAGAAGCAACACAAGAUGCACAUUGGUGUAGCACAUCGAAUUCAGCAUGUUGCUUCAUCAGCUGCUCAACAUGAAGUAGAAACUCUAGCAGUCGACCAAGUCAAUGACAAUAAGGUUGUAAGAAAGCGCACAGGGACUGACAGAACUGUUUAAAUAUUUGCUGCAAACUCAGCUUCUGCAGUUUUUUUUCAUGCACUGUGAUUACAUACACAUAUAUGUGUACAUAU